GUUUUAGCUUUUUUUGCAUGUUUUUGUGAGAUUUGAUAGGUUGAUUCGAUAGUUUGAUAUUUGAAAAGUUGAUAAAAAAUAGGUGAAAAGUUGAUAAAAAGAAUUCGAUAGUUAAUAAGUUGAUAAAAAUAAUUCGAUGGUUGAAAAGUUGAUAAAAAUAAUUCGCGGUUGAAAAGUUUAUAGGUUAUUUCAAAUCUAAUUUUCAGAUCUGUUUAAUCUACUUGAAAAUUCUUUAAAAAUGGCUCGAAUUCUGACUAAACGUAGUAGGCAAAAAAUUCCACAUAACGGAUUUUUGUAUGUGUUUGAAAGGGAAAAUAAGGACGGCGACAAACUUUUUUGGCGAUGCGAGUUUCAGGCAAGCCAUGGAAUUAAUUGUAAAGGACGAAUCCACACUGAUUUGGAUCAUCAAGUUCUAAAAGAAAUUGGCCAACAUGGAUGUAUAGAAAGUGGACCGGCUCGUGUUCAGGUUAUCAAUUUAUUUUUUUCAACCUUUAUGUUCAAGCACAAAUAG